AUGGGGUUUUGCAAAACAGUCCUGAUCAUUACAGCCAUACUUUACAUCUCUUUGUUUGCUCUGAACGCUAUCAUCCCACCAAGGAAUGCUUAUUCCAAACAUAGAGUGGUGUAUGAUGAAUACCCAGUUUUGGUUGCACACAGAGGGGGCAGAGGAAUAUAUCCUGAGAACACAUUGGAAGCAAUGCGGAUCAGUUAUAAUCGAUACCAUGUUGAUUUGUUAGAGUGUGAUAUUCAAAUGUCAAAGGAUGGCCACUUUGUUUUGCUUCAUGACUUCUGGACAAAUCGAACGACUAAUGUGAAUGCACAGGUACAAGAUUUAACACUUGCAGAAUUGAAGAAAAUUGAUGUUGGGUAUUACUUUACAGAAGACGGCGUGACGUUCCCAAUGAGAGGCAAAAAUAUUACAUUCACCACUUUAGAAGAAAUGCUCGACGAGUUCUAUCAGAAGCCAGUGAAAAUGUCAAUUGAAUUGAAGGACAAGAAAACGGAAUCUGUGGAUCGGCUGGUUGAAAUAUUGUCGAAGUACAAAGAUAUCAACAAACAGGUAUGUAUCGACUGCUCUAACCACCCAAUGCAAAAGUACUUUAGAAGCAAAGUUGGUGAUUUCUAUUGCACGGAAAACGACGAAAUUGAAGGCAUAAUGAUGGGUCUUUUUGGUGUGUUAAAACUGUCAAGGCUCUAUUACUUUAUUCAACCAAACCCUGUUGAGUACUACUUUGCGCCAUACAAAUCGAUGAGAGGGUUUGACUUUUUGGCUGAUGAAUUGUACAAAGUCCUUCAAAACGAGUUGGACUCGCCAUUUAUGUAUUUUACUGUGAACAACGAACUUGAAAUGGCAAGAGCAAUCGCAUUGAAUGCAAAAGGAAUCAUCACAGAUCGGCCAGACAUCGCAUUCAAAGUGUUCAACGCACUUAAAGUUAGAAACAUCACUGAGAGCUACGAAAAGAAGUAUGAACACUUCAACGUUCCUUCUAAAAGAACUUCAUGGGAGUUUUCGACGUGGUACAUGAAAUGUUUGGAGUGGAUUGGUGGUAACUUACCAAUUGUCGCAAUUUUGGGGAUUAUGAUAAGUAUUCCUGUCGGGUUGUUGUUGAUCAUUUUUAAAGUGGUGAUCACGGUUGUUUGUUUUGUGGGUGGGGCAUUCACUUCGAAGAAAAGACAAUCACUGACUCAAGCAAACAACAAUCAUCGAAGAGCCUAUGCGCCAAAACAAAAAACAAAAUCAGAAUAA